AUGUCAACUAACCCAUUCAAAGAAAACAUGAUAUGUGACCUUGGCACUAUCAAAGCUCAAUCUCAGCUCCCCAUCUCGAUAUCAACCCCCAUCACCUGCGAGAGUCAGAUGGCGGCCAACACGAAACCAACCAGACCUCGCCGCCGCAGCAGAUCGAAGGUUGUCACGGGUCUUCCCAAGAGCCUUUGUCUACCCCUCUUGUGUGGUCUUGAAAACAUUGCAUCCGUCUUGAUCGUAAGGCAGGAGUCGCCGUGGGAUACCUAUCGGAAAGUCAUUACGUAUGAGGUCGCUGGCAAAGUUACAAUUGCCACACGCCGCACCCGUCCGUCUCGCAUGGUAGCCAUCCGAACCUAUCGAAAAGAAAAUGCUCGAAGAUUAAUCUACAGAUUCGGACGUCUUGAACACAGGAACGUUCUCUCCUUACAUGAAUGCUACAUGCACGAAGAUCUCGCGUUCUUCUUGGUUGACGACUUGCCGCUGACUCUCGCGCAUGUUGUUGCUUUUCCAUCUGUUUAUCCCAGCGAGGCAGAAUUGGGAUCGAUUAUAUGCCAGAUCCUCGACGGUGCCCGCUGUUUAGCUUUAUCUGGUCUUGCGCAUCAAUCUCUGGCCUGUGACGAUAUAUUACUUGGUAUUGACGGGAUCAUCAAGAUAGCGUGUUUGGACCUUUGUGUAGAUUGUACACCAGAUCAAUCCGAAGCCGCAUAUAUUGCGGCCCUUCCGUUGAUUACGAUGCGGCUCAUGCAGAAAUGUGACAAAGAUGAAGGCGUUGUUGGCGUGAAUGAUUUGGAGCGAUGGCCAAUCGAUUCCGCUGCCGUGGGAUUUCUGUCCGCUACCGAGACGGCAGGAACAAUCAAGUCUCUAAGAAAUCAACCCCUCUUGGCGGCGAAGCACCGCCCAAGCGAUGAUCUGGUCGUUCUGGCAAGAGCAGCUCUCCUCUCCAGUAGUGUGAAUUGCAUUUACAAUUCCGAAUUCAAGAACUGUUAA